UGUGCAACAUGAUCAGCAUCCAUGACCUGCAGCGUCUGGCAUGGUAAAUCUAUGCCACCAACUUCCGAUGCGCUUUGACAUUCUUCUCCCUGCAGCCUUGGUCUUUCUGCAACUCCUUUGGUCCGUGGUCUUUCCACACUUGCCGUGGCCAACACCCGGUGCCACUCCCGCUCCACCCGUUUCACCCGCUCCACCUGGAGCGCCCGAGACGGUGGAGGUGACGGUGGAGGCGAGUGGCCACGGCAGUGGCCUUGGGUGGGCGCCGCGGAACACCGUGCGAUGGCUCGAGGAGGUGGAGGUCACUGAUGUUCCGCGCGGCGCGCACGGUGCGGGGGAGGCAGUGGAGGAGGAGCCUGUGGAGGUGCCGCUGUUUCCCUUGAGCGGGUUCUACGCGUUGGGGAACCGGCCGAAGUUGAAGAUCUUUGAACCGCGCUAUCGGCAGCUCUACAAGGAUCUUCUUUCCUCGAAGAUGCAUCACUUCGCCGUGACCACCGUUGACCCGGAGACUGGACACCUCGCCGCCGUAGGCGUCUUGCUGCGCCUGGAGGCGCUGCAGGACGUGGAGGCCGAGACGGAGGGCGCUGUGAAGUACCUGGCGGAGCACACGGUGCUGAGACGGAUCGAGAUUCAACGCUUGGUGAACCCCGAGGCUUUGUCCGACAGCAGCACCUAUUUGAGAGCUGCUGUCGUGCACUUGGAGGAUGUUGCGGUCGAGGAGCUCCAGGAUGUCAGCCUAUCUGAGCUGGAAGCUGAUACUCUGGAGACCUUUAAGGAUGUGAUCUCUGCCUAUCCUGAGCUCAAAGAACUUCAGGUGAAUGCUUCGCAAAGAGGUCUAUGGGAACUGUCGAACUCAUGGAUCAAUGGCUACUGGGGUGCCGCUCGCAUGAACGAUCUGCGGCAGCAGCUGGUCUCACAGAUGCGGAGUAUACAUGAGGGAAGCCUCAGGGAGGGUGAAGUGAACCAGGAGGUUCAGGAGUUGCAAGAGAUCUUCGAUUCCGAGCUUUGGCACCUCCGCCGGGAACAGGUGACUGGGAGUGGACGCCACGCUUGUUAUCGAUGAGUGGAGCCCAAAGAAUUAGCGGUUCACAUCGGUUCACGAAGUCACUAUAAGUUCUUCUUGUGGACCAAAUGACAUACGCACAAAUCUGAGACUUUUAUGACGAGAAUUGAGAAUGGUUAAUUUGUAUGAACAUGGAGGAGAUUGGACCUCGCAGAAGCUCAGAAAGCGAAAGACACCAAACUGCAGGACCCUACUCCGGACAGGCUGUUUCAGGACCCUACUUCGGCACCACAGUUGCCACCAAAGACCUUCUCUAUAGUGUAUUAUAUGGUGGGUCGUGACCCACCAGCGAGCUUGACCCACAUCAGGUCAAAACCCGGUCUCCUGGUGCGACUGGAACCGUGGUCCGAUGAGACAUCUGUGACCCUUGGUGAACCGCAGGAUCUUGGUGGAGGGGCGUCCGAAUGGAUCUUUCAAUCUCUCGGGAAAUACUCUCUGCUGUGCCAAACAGAUGCUCAGUUUCUUGUUGUGCAAAGAGGAUUUUCCUCAAUCAAGCGUGGUCGAGCAGUUUCUAAUUAUUGCGCCCAGGUGGGCUUACCUAAGAUGCCAAGAGCUUCUAAUUAAGAGCCUUCAUGUCAUUUUGACAGACUCUAUACCCGUCUAUACCUAGUAACCUGCAGCUGUUUGCUCCUGAGGUAUGCCGAAUUUCACGGCCGGUAGAACACCAAGAUUUCAGAUCCUCACUUAUCGUCACUUUUCCAUUCCCAUUUCUUUUCUAAGUUGUGCACCACUUUGCCGUAACAUGCUUCCCUUCCCUUACAGCAGUUCCUCGGUCUGAUCCGCUCCCCAGGUGACCUUGGGCCAGCUCCUCCUCCAGAGCCGCUCCCACGCGGAGCGGCUCAAAGCACUCCGCUCUGCCAUGCAGCUGGAGCGGAUCUUCGCGGGAGGGGAGGAUCCGCAGCGCGGAUCAGUGGCCUUCGUGGGGUAACGUGACCGAAGACUCGGUCGGUCGGUGCGAACACGAACUCACGUGGUGCGUCUGAGCAGGUGUGGUCUGGCCGGUCGCCUGUGAAAGAGAAUGACGAUGGUGAGGAGUUCACUGCAGUUCACCUGAGAGAGAUGUGGUGAAUGCUGCGCGAGGAAGAAAGAAGGGAAGUUGGUGGGUGGAGGAGGUUCGAACGCCAACACCAGGGGGAGUCAGGGGUUCACGAGAUGUCUUGAGUCUUGAGUCCGCCAAGUGAGGAGUUCACAGCAGGUUUUCAGGUCACUUUGGCUCGGAUUUUUUCCGAUUACUUUCCUGCCCAUGAGAUGCGUGGGCCCAUCUUGAGCCAACAUUUGUUCCUUGGGUGUGUCCUAUUACUUGCAAGAGUCGGUAAACAAGAACAGCACUCUUUAAUUUUGGAGAAAGGCCUGGGCCACCCAUAUACCCAGUAUAGUACCCAGUAUCCUUGCAUCCUCAAAGUGGC